AUGGAGGGGCAGGCGCCUUCGGACCUCGAGUUAACCGCCGUGUUCGGAGGCAGCGGAUACCUUGGGCAGGCCGUGGCACGUCGGCUUCGUGAGCUUGGAGUCCCGACCCUCAUCCUCGACAUGCAGGCCCCGCCCUCGGACAUCCCCGGGGCAACUUUCGCCCAGUGCGACAUUCGCGAAGCCGCGCGCGUCGCCGAGCUGCUGAAGGGCGUCAAGACGGUCAUCCACGCGGCAGGCUACAUCGACAUCCGGCGGUGCUUCCAUCCCACCGCCAGCCGUGAGAUCAACGUGCGGGGCACACGCAACGUCCUGGAGGCUUGUCGAAGCGCCGGCGUGCGUCGCCUGGUCUUCGUCUCGACUUCAAACGUGCUCAUGGCAGAGAGGGAGUGCCUGGAUGUCACGGAAGAGAGCCCGGUGCCCCCCAACCCCUCCACGGAGUACAGCCGGACAAAGCUGGAGGCCGAAGCCCUGGUUUUGGCCGAGGCGCGCCGUGCGGAAGGCCUGCUCGUCACGGUGCUGCGGCCGCCGUGGAUCUGGGGCCCUGGCGAUCGGAACUUCUGGACGGUGGCGGGCAACCCGCUGCCCCUAAGCAUGCGCACCGGCUACUGCCAGGGCAUCUACCUCCGCAAUGCUGCCAACGCCCUGGUGCAUGCGGCUGCGCAGCUGAAGGACUGCGACGCGCCAGCUCACGGCCAGGCGCUCUUUGUCAGGGAUCCGGUAGGCGAGUCUGGGGAUGGCGGCUUGCUGCACUGCCAGCGCCUGUACCGGUGCCAGGUGGCUGGCCGGACGGUGUUGGAGCAGUGGGACAUCCCUUUCGCCGCUCUGCUGUGGGCCGCUUGGCUUGCAGACCUCCUCUGCCGCGCCCUGUGGUUUCUUUUCGGAGUGCAGCUGCAGCGGGGCGACGGCUUCACGGAGUACGCGAUGUGGGCGGCUUUCGGGCACCACACCUUCUCCGACCGCAAGGCCCGGGAGGUGCUGGGCCCCUGGCCCGAGGUGUCCAUGGACCAGGCCAUCCAGGAGACCAGGACACACUACAAGCUGGGCAAGCAAAAGCUGUCGUGA